CGAGGUCCCAGUCUGGUGAAAAGCUCCGUUGCCCACCCUGAGGGGUUCGCGGAAGGAAGUUGGCAGUAUCGCUGCACCUUCGAGACGCGACGGCCGAGGCUCCUAGCUCAAGCUUCUGACAGUAAGGCCUGUAUGCCUUGCAUUCGGGGAGGCCACUUCUCAGUCACCAGCUUUCUGGCCACCACUUGGGUGCGUCGUAGGGAUGUUGGCAGCUACGUUUGCCGCACGGCUCCGACUAAACUGAAAAACGAAUCCUCAAGUUUGACAAAAGUAAACUAAGAAGGCACUUUCCUCCUCUCACCCUGACGUCCCAAAAGUUUCCUUUUUAGGGGUCAGGGCCUACGGUGGGCGAGGAGAAACGAGUAUCUACCCACUGCACCAAACAGUACUCGUACGUCACCUCCUUUCGACUUGGAGCGGGCCAGUAUCCCGGCGUCCUCUCGGCUGACGCUGCGGUCUGAAGCCACUCUGGCCUGCAGCCGACGUCUCUAUGGUUCCGACCGAGGGGAGGAGGAGAGGGGCGGGGCCGCUGUUCGAGCUGCUGCUUGUUUGAACUCAGAGAACCUGGGGGUGCUGGAAAUGUAAACAAGAAUAGACUGUUCAUUCCUGAUGGCUUUUAGUCUAUACUAACAUAUUGUUUGUCAUGGCAUCCGAGACUGAAAAGACCCAUGCUUUACUGCAGACUUGUAGCACUGAAUCUCUUAUUUCCAGCCUUGGUCUGGGGGUAUUUUGCCUCGUAGCUGACAGACUUCUUCAGUUUUCUACAAUUCAGCAAAAUGACUGGCUUCGUGCUGUCUCAGAUAAUGCCGUACAUUGUGUAAUUGGCAUGUGGUCAUGGGCAGUAGUCAUUGGAAUCAAGAAGAAGACUGACUUCGGAGAAAUCAUUUUAGCUGGAUUUUUAGCCUCUGUUAUUGAUGUAGACCACUUUUUUCUAGCUGGAUCCAUGUCUUUAAAGGCUGCUUUGACUCUUCCGCGAAGACCUUUCCUUCACUGUUCUACUGUGAUACCUGUUGUGGUUCUGACCUUGAAAUUUACUAUGCACCUUUUCAAGCUCAAAGACUCAUGGUGCUUUCUUCCUUGGAUGUUAUUUAUAUCCUGGACUUCACACCAUAUCCGCGAUGGGAUUCGUCAUGGUUUGUGGAUAUGCCCAUUUGGAAAAACUUCUCCUUUGCCAUUCUGGCUUUAUGUAAUAAUCACAUCAUCUUUACCUCACAUCUGUUCAUUCGUUAUGUAUUUAACAGGAACCAGACAAAUGAUGUCUUCAAAACAUGGAGUUCGUAUUGACGUCUGAGGUAACCACACAGCAGUCUUAGAGAAGCAAAUGGCUCAGAUGAUGAUAAUUAAGAGUAGCCAACAUUAAAGUUAAUGUUUAAAAACACAGUUAGGUGUUUAUAUUAUUUAAUUAUUAUAAUUCUGGAAUCCUCUUUCUCAGGAAGCAUGUACAACUUUUUUAAAAAUUAUACUUGUUAUUAUUCUACUUCUCUCUUCUAUGACAACUCUAGUGCAAUAUUGGAGUUUCAUUUAUUCCACAAUAUGUUUUUAUUGUUUUUUUCUGUUUGUCUGGUGUUACCAGUAGUUCUGUUAGAUUAACAUCCUGUUCAUUUUCUGGAAAUAUACCUGGAAUUUAGUCCAUUUCCUAGUGAAAAACAGUUCAAAUUUAGGGUAACUAAUUUGUAAAGAGUUAACAUUAUAUUUGGAUCCACAUUUUCUUGAGAUAUUGAAAUAGUGAAAUCGCCAAAUAAAUGAUAUCAAUCAUUUAACUAUACAAAUGUAUAGUUAAUGCUAACAUGUAUUUAUUUUCAUAUAUGUUGAUCCUGACUGAAAUUUAAUUUGCACAAUGCUUUAUGAGUUAUGAUUGCUGGUAAAAUCUUCAGAGCACUUCUGACACAUCAUUGUAACAUUAGAUCUAGCUUAUUAUUUCAGAAAUUAAUUUAGGAAAUUAUUAAAACAUGUUGACUAUAGUAACAGUUUACUGAAUUAGUAUUUUUUUAGUAUCUCUAGCCUAAAAUCUCAUGUGCUGUGUUUUAACUGUUUUGAAAAACAUAGGUAAAUUUAAUAUUUGUUAAUAAAUAACAUUAACAAAAUACUGAUAUUUGGAUCAUAACCAUAACAUUUGAAUUCAUACAAAAAAUAAUGACCAGUAAUGUCAUUUCAAAUGUAAAUUCCUGAAUGUACCACUAAAAUUGCUUUAGUUGCUAUCAGUUUGUUUAUAUACUAUUCUAAAAUAUUUUACUAGUUAAAUAAUUUUUUAAUCUGCCUGAUACUGAAAGACAGCGUAUAUUUUUUUCAAAAUAAAGUUUUAGGAAAUUUGCUUUUUCCUUUUUCUUUCAGGUUGAUCUUCUAUUAAAAUGAUUCCUGUUUAUUAGAGAAGGAAAAUUUAGUUACUAUACAUCUCAUAUUUGCACAGUUUAUUAAAGUUCGUGCCCUAAAGUUACCUGCUUUUCUUUGUGGCAUAUGAGGCAUCUGCUGCCUUCAGAUUUUCUUACAGUUUUGUGAUUUAUAAUGCUAAUGAUUGGUGUGCCUUAUUCUCUGAGGGAGGAUGGAGGGUUCAUAAAGCAAUGCCUUAUCCACCGCAGAUUUUCUUGUAUAUUAAGUUAAACAGAAUUCUGUAUAAAUUAUUAUGAAGGUUCAAGUUCUUUAGGGGAGUUUUUUUUUCUUGUUGUUAACAAUUUGGUUGCAAUCUAUUAUAUUUUGCAAUUGACUAGAUAUUACAGUCUACUUAUUUUUCAAGAGUAAUUAUUAUAUAAGUUUGGUUGGUAUAAUGGUAAAUAUUAUAUAGUGGGGGUAAAUUUGAUUAGAGUUUUUUUUUAAGCAUCUGACUUUAGAAAUCCGUGGAAAUAAAGUCUGUAUCUUGUGUAACAAUUCCAGACUAAAUUGCAAAA